GUCCUUGCAUGCCCCAACACUUACGCUAUGCAGAUUCUUCUGCAUCCACUCAUACACCAAUUACACUAACAAUAACUCUUCUCUUUCUUCCUUCAAAAAAAAAAAAAAACUCUUCUCUUUCUCUUUUUUUCCAAACUCAAACUUCACAUCAACAAUGAAACCAGAAAACAACAACACCACCAUUACAAUGUUAGCCAAGACAGACUCCGAGGUAAGCAGCCUAACACAAUCCUCACCGACAAGAUCACGUGAUGGGCUUCGUGCAGUUUACUACGUACAAAGCCCAUCACGGGACUCUUCCAACGACGGUGAGAAAACAACAAACUCCUUCAACUCAAGCCCUCUUCAAAGCCCGUUGGGAUCUCCUCCUCAUUCUCAUUCCAACUCAUCGUUGGGCCCACAUUCACGUGAAUCUUCUUCCACCAGAUACUCUGCCUCACGUAAGAGCAGUCAAGCUUCCCAUAAUAACAGGAAAGGUAAUUGGCGUCCUUGGAAGGAUCAGUUCAAUGCCAUUGAAGAAGAAGGGCUUCUUGAUGAUGAUGAUGAUGCAGAUCGUGGAUUCCCUAGGAGAUGUUAUUUUCCUGCUUUUGUUGUUUGUUUCUUUGUUGUCUUCACUGUUUUCUCUCUUAUUCUUUGGGCUGCAAGUCGCCCUCAAAAACCUGCCAUUUUUCUCAAGAGUAUAACAUUUGAUAGAUUUAUUAUUCAAGCGGGUGCGGAUUUGUCAGGAGUUGCCACUAGCAUGGUGUCCAUGAAUUCCACUGUGAAAAUGACAUUUAGAAACACUGCAACAUUUUUUGGGGUCCAUGUUGCAUCAACUCCAUUAGAUCUCAAUUAUUAUCAGCUUACACUAGCAACUGGAAAUAUGCCUAAGUUUUAUCAAUCAAGAAAAAGUCAAAGAUCUAUUAAAGUGAUGGUGAAAGGAAGUCAUAUUCCACUAUAUGGAGGUGGAGCAAGAUUGAACACUGUCAAUGGUUCACCGGUUGAACCGGUACCAUUGACAUUGAAUAUUAUGGUGAGGUCAAAAGCUUAUGUAUUAGGGGCAUUGGUGAAGCCAAAGUUCAACAAGAAAAUUGAGUGUGCAUUGAUUAUGGAUCCGAAGAAAAUGGGUAAACCUAUUCGACUUACCAACAAGUGUACGUAUGAGCUAUAGACUCGAUCAUACCAUACGUGGAAGUAAUAAAUGAGAAACUAUAGAGUAAUAAUUUAUGUAGUAAUCUAAAGGGGUUUGAGUAUAUUUAUUUAUUUACUUGACUAGAUUCCCACAUGAGUUUUCUUUGGCUUCACUCUGUCAGAAAUGCUUUUGUUUUGUCUUGUUACAUGAAAUUUGAAGGAAAUUGCCCAAAAGUGUAAUUUUGAUUUUGUCGGUGGUUCUAUUUCAACUUUAAAUAGGCAAAUGCACUUGGUCUACAAA